GGGGCCAGUGGCAGGAGUGACGCGCACAGCCAGCCGCGGGGGGCGUGGGAUGGGGGCGGCAGGGAAGGGGGACGUCUGCACCGAUUAGAGUCAACCGCACAUUUCAAAAAGGUGUGGGAACUGCGCUCCCUCCCGCGCCCCGGGAACUUCAAAGCAGUCCGCUUUGCCCGGGUCCCUCCGCUGCGCUCUGGGGCCUCGCAGCCGGGGUGCGGCCGCCUGGUGGCCAUGACCCGGGCGCUCCGAGCUGCGCUCAGCCAGGCUCUGCUGCUGCUCGCCGCGGCCACAGCGCUUUCCACAGGUCUGAAGUGUGUAUGUCUUUUGUGUGACUCUUCAAACUUCACCUGCCAAACAGAAGGAGCAUGUUGGGCUUCAGUUAUGCUAACCAAUGGAAAGGAACAGGUGAUCAAGUCCUGUGUCUCACUCCCAGAGCUAAAUGCUCAAGUCUUCUGUCAUAGUUCCAACAAUGUUACCAAAACUGAAUGCUGCUUCACAGAUUUUUGCAACAACAUAACACUGCACCUUCCAACAGCUUCACCAAAUGCCCCAAAACUUGGACCCAUGGAGCUGACUGUGGUUAUUACUGUGCCAGUGUGCCUGCUGUCCAUAGCUGCAGUGCUGACAAUAUGGGCAUGCCAGGGCCGACAGUGCACAUACAGAAAGAAAAAGAGACAGAAUGUGGAGGAACCCCUCUCUGAAUGCAAUCUGGUAAAUGCUGGGAAAUCACUAAAAGAUCUGAUUUACGAUGUGACUGCCUCUGGAUCUGGCUCUGGUCUCCCUCUUUUGGUUCAAAGAACCAUUGCAAGGACGAUUGUACUUCAGGAAGUAGUGGGGAAAGGUAGAUUUGGUGAGGUAUGGCAUGGGAGAUGGUGUGGAGAAGAUGUGGCUGUGAAAAUAUUCUCCUCCAGAGAUGAAAGAUCUUGGUUUCGAGAGGCAGAAAUCUAUCAGACGGUCAUGCUGAGACAUGAAAACAUCCUUGGUUUCAUUGCUGCUGACAACAAAGAUAAUGGAACUUGGACACAACUUUGGCUUGUGUCUGAAUAUCAUGAACAGGGGUCCUUAUAUGACUAUUUGAAUAGAAACAUAGUGACAGUGGCUGGGAUGAUCAAAUUGGCACUUUCCAUAGCCAGUGGUCUGGCCCAUCUUCAUAUGGAAAUUGUUGGCACGCAAGGUAAACCUGCUAUUGCUCAUCGAGAUAUAAAAUCAAAGAAUAUCUUAGUAAAAAAAUGUGAAACUUGUGCCAUAGCCGACUUAGGAUUGGCUGUGAAGCAUGAUUCAAUAUUGAACACUAUUGAUAUACCUCAGAAUCCUAAAGUAGGAACCAAAAGGUAUAUGGCUCCUGAAAUGCUUGAUGAUACAAUGAAUGUGAAUAUCUUUGAGUCUUUCAAACGUGCUGACAUCUAUUCUGUUGGUCUUGUUUACUGGGAAAUAGCCAGAAGGUGUUCAGUUGGAGGAAUUGUUGAGGAGUACCAGUUGCCUUAUUAUGACAUGGUGCCUUCAGAUCCCUCAAUAGAGGAAAUGAAGAAGGUUGUGUGUGACCAGAAAUUUCGACCAAGCAUCCCAAACCAGUGGCAAAGUUGUGAAGCACUCCGAAUUAUGGGGAGAAUAAUGCGUGAGUGUUGGUAUGCCAAUGGGGCAGCCCGCCUAACUGCCCUUCGCAUUAAGAAGACUAUUUCUCAACUUUGUGUCAAAGAAGACUGCAAAGCCUAAUGAUGACAACUGUGUUAAAAAGCAACCUCUCACAGUUUUCUUUCCCAUUUUCCCUCUUUAUGUGAAUGUUUUUGCUUUUUUGUUUUUUUCCUACCUCAAAGAUAUUAUAGUACAGUAUUUAAGUGUCCAAAGGCAGCAUGAAAAAAAUCUCUCAAGUCAAGCAUGGGCGGAAGUUGAUUUCAUCCAAUUUCCAUGUUGUCUUUAUUUUGAAAAGCAAAAUAUCAACCCACCUUUUUAUUUAAUAAGAUAUUACAAAAGUGUAAAAUAAGCUAUGUAAAAAUAAAAGUCAUUAAGGUUUUAUUUUACUUGAAUCAAGAGCACAUGAAUGAAGGGGAAGAAAAUGUAAAAGCAUUUUUUUUCUGAGAUGAAGACAUUCAUUAAAAAUAUGAGAGUAUGUUAUCUAACCAAAACUUUAUAUGAUCUAUCAUUUUCUCUAUUUUUUUAACUAAGCAGGGUAUUUAAAAAUUAAAUAUUGCUCUGAAAUUUAAUAUAUAAAAUGUGUUAAAGUGGAGCUGCUUGAUUGGAAGAUAGAAGCCAGAGUCCAAUUACUUGGUCUCCCUCUCUUCAUAAUCCAACACCAUAACAGCCCCUGCGGCAAAUAGUUGGAUAUCCAGUUGAAAAUGUUAUUUCCUCUCAUUUGUAAAUGAGACACCUGACAUCUUAAAACACUGAGGAAUGUUCCAAAGUCACACAACUAGUGAUCGAACUGGCACAAAGUCCAAAUCUAGUGAUGAUCCACACUGUAGAGUUAACUAGCUUUCUGCUGUCUCUUUAAUUUCGAUAGUAGUUUUCUACCUAUACAGAACUGUGUUGUUUUUCUUUUUUUUUUUUUUUCAUGAUGGUAUUUGUGGUUUAGUCAAGCAAAAGACAAGUUCAGUUAUUUUUGAGAAUCAUAAUGCACCUGCAUGAGCUCUCAGGGCAGUAACUGUUGACAUUUUCCUAAUAGAAAUUUGAUAAUCAUCCUGUUUGUCAGAUGAGUAUCAAUAAUUUCUGAAGAGUUCCAGAGAUUAACCAGAUAUAAAGGUCCAUUCUCAGAUAAUCCUUUCAGAUGCAUUUCAGAGACUCCUAUCACUGUUGUACAUGUGCAUUUAGAAGCAGAAAAGGAAAAGGAAACCAGGAGAUAUUUUGAAAAAAAUUAAGAAAUUUGAAAAGUACAAUAACCAAGUCCUUUGAGGGUAUUAGUAACUAAACAGAUAUUCCCUACCCUUUCAAAAUGAGCAAGUGGAUAGAGAAGGCUCAUGAUAAUUUUGCCUUUAUUCUACUUCCUAUAAAGACAAGCGGUAAGUUCUGAAUACAUGGAACAUUAAAUAUUUCCUUCAAAUCAAUAAUUCCUUUUGGUUAAGAUUUAACUUGGUAUUGUUCUAAAGCAGUGUUGCCUAAAUCUGCUCCUUAGAACACGCUUCUGCUGAGAUGAUCCAAGAUAAAAAGUUUUCUUCAAUAUUCUUAGAAAAUGAUACUGCACAUUAGUGUAUCGUGUGCUCUGAAGAGUCUUAUAGUUAAAAAUGUUACUUGAACUUCAUUAAAAUGGUUUCCUCAAUUACUGCAUCAUGGAACCCUUUUAUUAAGAGUAAGGGGUAACCUUUUACUAUCCCCACAUUUACUGUUUGACAAAGCACAACUUAGGAAAUAGAACUGUGAAGGAUAGGCCUAUGCAUGUUCCUGUAGAACACAAUCUAGUGAUUGUUCUUUAUUUUGUUAUAUAAGUAUGUUACUGAACCACUCUUCAUUUAACUGGGUUAAAACAUUAGAGGCAAAAAAAUCUGCCAUCUAUGGUUUUCAUAUGCUUUCUCAUCUAUGCCGUUAUCCAUUCACUAAAUAAUCAUGGAGCACCCCAUAUCUUCCUUUCAUGAUAUUGGGUACAAUAGGGAAAUUUAAAAAAUGGAUAGGUUCUGUACUCAGGGAGUUUUAAGUCUAAUUUGGGAAUGGAAACAAGGAUGUAGGUGUAAGGGGAAGAAAGUAAAUUGACAAAUGGAUAUAAUACAAAGUAGGAUGUCUUGAAUUCUAUAUGACAGUGGGUUUUGAAAAUUGCUUUCAAUUUGCAACACAUUUAGAAGUAUCUUUAUUUGACUUUUCCAAACUAAAUUAUAUAAUCAGUUUUUAAAAGUGCAUAUGUGAAACAAUUUUAAAGAGCUUAAGAGAAUGGAGUAACCUUGCUUGUGUUUGUAACUGUGAUAUCUCACAGACAAUUUUUGCGUAUUUGAGAAUGAAAUUAUUUAUUUAUUAUGGUUGUACUAUACUUUCAAAUAGUUAGAAAUAACAUUUCCUGUUUUUUUUCACUUAUGUGGGGUAAAUAUACUUAUUUAAUUGUU